CACAUUUUUCGCGAUGUUCCAUGUGUGUUUGUGUUUACAUUGUGAACAUUGCUGUCAUUUUCCCCAAAAACUAAACUAAAUUAAAUUAAAUUAUUCAUCAUGGAUCUCGAGCGAAUAGCCGUUGCUGGAUAUCAAUUUAAAAAUUGGUCAAAUACAUAUCAAUGUAAACCGGAAUUAUUAUUCAUACCAGAAACAUUGGAUGAAAUACGUGAAAUACUUUAUCUAGCUAAAAGUGAAAAAAAACAUAUACGUAUUGUUGGUUGUGGUAAUUCACCAUCGGAUUUAUGUUGUUCACAGGAUUAUAUGAUAUCGAUGAAAAAUUUUUCAAAUAUUCUUCAUAUUGAUCAACAAAAACGUAUUGUUACCGUUCAAGCUGGUAUUCAUCUGAAUAAAUUGAAUCGAAUACUUGAACAAAAUAAUCUUGCAUUACCAAUUCUAGGUUCAAUAUCCGAAUCAACAUUAGCUGGUGUUAUAUCGGUUGGAACGCAUGGCACCGGUUAUCAUACUGGUAUUAUAGCUGAUUACGUAAUAGCUAUGCGUUUAAUAAUACCAUCGGGUGAUAUAAUUUAUUGUACAAAAGAACCUGGUAGUGAAUAUUAUGAUAUAUUCCUAUCAACAUUAUGUGGUUUAGGUGCACUUGGUAUUAUUUUAGAAGUAACUAUUGAAUGUGAAUCAAAAUUCUAUCUUCAUCAACUAACAUAUCCAAGUCGAUUAGAUUCAAUUUUGGAACGUUUAGAUGAAAAUAUUGAAUCAUGUGAUCAUUUUCGUUUUCUUUAUUUUCCACAUACUGAUUAUGUUUCAGUUUCAAUAACGAAUAAAGUGAAUGGUGAAUUUCUUAAUCUAUCACAAUCUUCUCAACAACAAAAUGGUCAAAUGGAAUCGAUAAAUCAAUAUCGCCUGAGUUCUGAACGUAAUCAAUUUCAACGUAUUUGUGAUUGGCUAAUUAACUAUGGCGUUGGUUAUCAUUUACUUCAAUUUGUUUAUUGGUUAUCAACUUUUCAACCAUCAAUCAUACCUACUAUUAAUCGUUUAGCAUUUUGGCUACUUUAUUCUUCGAAUCAAGUUAAAAUGGACAUUAGUUAUAAAGUUUUUAAUUUCGAAUGUUUAUUUGCACAACACGUUAAUGAAUGGUCUAUUCCAAGAAACAAAACAAGCGAUGCAUUACUUGAAUUAAAAAAAACAAUCGAUCAAAAUGAUAAUGGCUGGUAUGCACAUUUUCCAAUCGAAGUUCGUUUUGUUCGUCAAUCACCAAUUUAUCUAUCACCAAGUUAUGGUCGUGAUUCUACAUAUAUUAAUAUUAUUUCAUAUCGUCCAUAUGGUAAACAUGUUGAUCAUACGGAUUAUUGGAAUUGUUAUGAAACAAUUAUGAAACGAUAUGGUGGCCGUCCACAUUGGGCUAAGAAACAUCGAGAAACAGCUGUUGAUUUGAUUCGAAUGUAUCCUAAUUUUCAUUAUUGGUCUCAUAUAAGGAAAAGAUUAGAUCCGAAUAGAUUAUUUUUUAAUUCAUAUCUUGAUCGAAUAUUUUCAACAUUUCCAACAACAGCGACAACUAUAAUGGCAGCUAAUACUAUGACUGAUAUUACUGAUGGUGAUCAUCCUCAUAAUGACGAUAAAACCGAAAUGAUCAACAAUAAUAACAAUAAAAUUGAAGAAAACGAUCAUAAAGCGAUGGAUUUAUCUGAUUCUGUACACUGAAAAAUUCUCUCUCUCUCCGUAUGUAACCUUUGCUAUUUCGGAAUUUUUCUGUUUUGUUUUCGAUGAUUCUGUUCAAUUUUAUAUCGAUA